GCUGCUCGCGGGCAGGCACGCUUUGUGCCCUGCGUUUUCCCCUAGUGCCAGCUCCUGCUUUCUGCCAAGCCGGGGAGCGAUGUGCUGCUGGGCGGCUUCUCGCCGGGCUCAGGUGGCCGCAGCGGUAUAGCCGAACCCUAACAUGGUCACGACUCGCUCCCUGUUCAAACAGUCACUGGUGGUGAGCCAUGGCGGUGUGGAUCCAGGCGCAGCAGCUCCAGGGCGAAGCCCUGCGGCAGAUGCAGGCGCUCUACGGGCAGCACUUUCCCAUCGAGGUGCGGCACUACCUGUCGCAGUGGAUCGAGAGCCAGGCAUGGGACUCCAUCGACCUCGACAACCCCCAGGAGAACGUGAAGGCGACGCAGCUGCUGGAGGGGCUGAUUCAGGAGCUGCAGAAGAAGGCAGACCACCAAGUGGGAGAAGACGGCUUCCUGCUGAAGAUCAAGCUGGGGCACUAUGCCACACAGCUACAGAACACGUACGACCGGUGCCCCAUGGAGCUGGUGCGCUGCAUCCGGCACAUCCUCUACCACGAGCAGCGGCUGGUGCGGGAGGCAAACAACAGCCCCUCGCCGGCCGGCACCCUGGUGGACGCCAUGUCGCAGAAGCACCUGCAGAUCAACCAGACCUUUGAAGAGCUGCGGCUCAUCACGCAGGACUCGGAGAAUGAGCUCAAGAAGCUGCAGCAGACGCAGGAGUACUUCAUCAUCCAGUACCAGGAGAACAUGCGCCUCCAAGCCCAGUUCUCCCAGCUCUCCCAGCUGGGCCCCCAGGAGCGCCUGUCGCGGGAGACGACGCUGCAGCAGAAGAAGGCGUCGCUGGAGGCCUGGCUGCACCGGGAGGCCCAGACACUACAGCAGUACCGCGUGGACCUGGCUGAGAAGCACCAGAAGACGCUGCAGCUGCUGCGCAAGCAGCAAACGACCAUCCUGGAUGACGAGCUGAUCCAGUGGAAGCGUCGGCAGCAGCUAGCGGGGAACGGGGGCCCCCCCGAGGGCACCCUGGACGUGCUGCAGACCUGGUGUGAGAAGCUGGCAGAGAUCAUCUGGCAGAACCGGCAGCAGAUCCGCCGGGCCGAGCACUUGUGCCAGCAGCUGCCGAUCCCGGGCCCGGUGGAGGAGAUGCUGUCAGAGCUGAACGGCACCAUCACCGACAUCAUCUCCGCCCUGGUGACCAGCACCUUCAUCAUCGAGAAGCAGCCCCCCCAGGUGCUGAAGACACAGACCAAGUUUGCAGCCACCGUGCGGCUCCUGGUGGGGGGGAAGCUGAACGUGCACAUGAACCCCCCCCAGGUGAAGGCCACCAUCAUCAGCGAGCAGCAAGCCAAGGCCCUGCUGAAGAAUGAGAGCACCCGCAACGAGAGCAGCGGGGAGAUCCUCAACAACUGCUGCGUGAUGGAGUAUCACCAGGCCACGGGGACGCUCAGCGCCCACUUCCGCAACAUGUCCCUGAAGCGGAUCAAGCGCUCGGACCGCCGUGGGGCUGAGUCAGUGACGGAGGAGAAGUUUACCAUCCUCUUCGAGUCGCAGUUCAGUGUUGGUGGCAAUGAGCUGGUCUUCCAGGUGAAGACACUGUCCCUGCCUGUGGUGGUGAUUGUGCACGGGAGCCAGGACAACAACGCCACGGCCACCGUGCUCUGGGACAACGCCUUCGCCGAGCCUGGCCGCGUACCCUUCGCCGUGCCUGACAAGGUGCAGUGGCCGCAGCUCUGCGAGGCGCUCAACAUGAAGUUCAAGGCAGAGGUGCAGAGCAGCCGUGGGCUGACCAAGGAGAACUUGGUGUUCCUGGCACAGAAGCUCUUCAACAGCACCAGCUCCCACCUGGAGGACUACAGCAGCACCACGGUGUCCUGGUCCCAGUUCAACCGGGAAAACCUGCCCGGGAGGAAUUACACCUUCUGGCAGUGGUUUGACGGGGUUAUGGAGGUGCUGAAGAAGCAUCUGAAGCCGCACUGGAACGACGGGGCCAUCCUGGGCUUCGUCAACAAGCAGCAGGCGCACGACCUGCUCAUCAACAAGCCCGAUGGGACCUUCCUCCUGCGGUUCAGCGACUCGGAGAUUGGCGGCAUCACCAUCGCAUGGAAGUUCGACUCCUCUGAGAGGAUGUUCUGGAACCUGAUGCCUUUCACCACCAGAGACUUUUCCAUCCGAUCCCUUGCCGACCGCCUUGGGGACCUCAGUUACCUUAUCUAUGUGUUCCCCGACCGGCCCAAGGACGAGGUCUUCUCCAAGUACUACACGCCGGUUCUCUGUGAGUCCACGCCAGCUAAAGCCGUGGAUGGAUACGUGAAGCCACAGAUCAAGCAAGUGGUGCCAGAGUUUGCCAGCGCAUCAGGUGAUUCUGCCCCUGGAGGUGCCACCUACAUGGACCAGGCUCCCUCGCCCGCCGUCUGCUCCCAGCCCCAUUACAACAUGUAUGCCCAGAAUCCUGACGCUGUGCUGGACCCCGAGGGGGACUUUGACCUGGACGACACCAUGGACGUGGCGAGGCACGUGGAGGAGCUGCUGCGGCGCCCCAUGGACAGUCAGUGGAUCCCCCACGCCCAGUCGUGACGGGCGAGUGCCCGGCCCCCCGGCCCCGGCACUGCGGGGUCUGUGCUGUGUUUGUGUCUCUGUGCCGGGGGGGCAGCGGGUGGGCCCUGCCCCGGAGAUUUGCUCUGUGCUGCCCCAAAACGCAGGCUGGCGUCCGGCUCUUUGGUGUUUAUGCCCUUGUAUAAACGGCAGCGGAUUUGUCGCAUGGUUUUCCUGUAUGUUCCUUUUAAGAGGCCCAGCUUCGGCUUUCCGCUUCUGCAAGCACCGGCCCCGCAGCCACCCUGCUCCCCACCAAGGGGCUGCUCGGGGCGGGGGCCGGGGGUCUGGCCUCAGGUUUGCUUUCGCAGUCGUCACUAAGAAUGUACGUGUCGCCUUCUUGUUCUACCCCGUGGCUCCGUUCCCAGGGGUGUGUGGGCACACCAGGCUCUGGCAUGGGGCAGAGGGGGGGGUCGGCUGGGGCUUCCCCCCCCAGCCCAUGCUAGUGCUCUGCUCCACAGCGGCGGGGUCCCCUCCCGGACCUCGUCUCCUCCUCUGGCCCCCCAAGGAUGCGGGAGCCCCUUUGGCUCCCGGCCUCGGCAUCCCCCUCCGGAGCCAGUGCAGCAUGAGGGAGGCAGGGUGCGAGGGCACCCAGCAAGGGCGGCUGGGCACUGCGGGUGGUUUGGGAGGAGUGGAGCCCUCUGUCCCCCCCGCCUCUCCCCUUGCCGUGGCCGAGAAGCUCUGGGGUCCUGGCCAUGUUAUUUUUCUACCACAGAGUAAAUAAAGCACGGACUAUUUUUGUAACACAAAA